UGUUGUUUUCAAUUUCAAAUGACAACCAAGACCAAAAACCUCUUUGUGCAACCAAGCCGAAUCUUCCUUUUAUAAAUUGGGGAUUCCCUACUCCCGUUCAAUCCAAAAUAACUCUACCGUACUUAAAAUCGGUUCUUCCACAAAUGUGAAAUAAUAAAAUUCAAUUUAUAAAAAUGUUUAACUGGUCAAUAAUUCUUAUAUCAGCACUAACAGCAUGGUUAACUUGUUGUGCUGAUAGUUCAUGGCUCGAGCCAAAUGCAUGGGAACUUCAUUCUCCUUCAGUUUCAACUGAAGUAUGUCCAGUCUGUGAUAUUCCCGCUGGUUCCUCUUUGGACAGUAUUACAGCGGUGUUUUAUAAAGAAAUGAUUACUCAACUUUUUAAAAGGGAUCAAUUUAAGGAAAAUCCUAAAACUAGCCAUCUAGAAAGAACACUAUUACUUUCUUUAACUCCCGCGCAAUUAAAAAUUCUUGAAAACGCUUCAGAUAUUCGAGAUGUAAAUGCCAUCGUUAUGUUAGCUUUGGCAAGAGCCAAAGAUAUCGAAGAAGUAAAACCGCCCACAACAAACAACAAGAACGAUGAGAGUUCACUUUGGUUCUUGAUGGUUAUCGCAAAGUACAUUUAUUAUGGUUUUGCUCAAAUUGGAACGAUAUUUAUGUUUGUAUAUCAUAGUGGUUCUGAGGGUCGUUUUCUUAUAUCAGUGGGAACAGUUCUGAUAUCGAUUUGGUUCAUCCACAGACGGUACAAUAAAAGCCUGAUUCUCGUUUUCUUGGGUGCAUUUAUAUUGUUUGGAUAUUUUUGUACAUAUGUGGAGUGUAAUAGGAAACUGGAAAAAGAAGAAUAUAUUCAAUUUAUCAGAGAAACUGAACCGGAAGAACCGAAUUUUUUUACAAAAAAUUUUGGCAGGUUCUUUAAAUUAUCGGCGAGAGAAGAAAAGAUACAGAAAAUCGAAAAUCAAUCGAAACUAAAGUUGCCUUUCUGUAGACCCGAUCAUGUAGCUAUUAUGUAUUUCAACGAAAUGUUCUUCAAUCAGCUGCAAGUUAUAGUGGAAAAAAUAGCUGAUUCAAUGACUGUUAUUCAAAAUAAAGUUCCGUUCCCUUAUAAUUAUUUGGGAAUGAUUGCUUUCCCCUUUCUUUUUUUAACCAUCCUACCGUUACUCUUUCAAAAUAUUCUCAAUCCAGUUUCAUGGUUUAAGAUUUUUCAAGGCUCUACUUCAGAGCAAGAAAAGAGAAAUAACAAUAAUUCUUCGGCUGAAGGAGAUCGUCUUUCAGGAGAAAAUUUAAAAAUUGUUCUAGAUGCUCUGAAAAUUAAAGAUCAAGUUGAAUCAAAACCGAAAUAUUCUGCAGUUGAAGAUGUUAAAGAUAUUAAAGAUAUUAAAAAUGCUCCUCAAGCUAUUGGUCCAAAAUUAGAUGAUAGUUUUAGUGAUGAUCUUCCUCAAGAUGUUCCUGCAAAAUUAGAUGAAAGUUUAAGCAACUAUUCGCAAAAUUCUACUGCAGAAUUAAAUGAAAGUUUAACUGAAUCAGAUAAAGGAGAAACCGUCAUUGAAAAUGGAAAUGCAAAAAAAGAAAGCUAAAAUAAUUUAUUUUAA